AUGAAAUUCUGGUGUGCCAGCUCACAACGUAAAUCUUUGCCCAAAGACAAUGCUUCAUUCUCAUCGUCGGCUUCUUAUGCUUCGAUUUCAUCUCUACCCGCUCAGAAAUCAGAUAGUGGUUUUUCGGAAACAUCAUCCAUUAUUCAGCCGUGCUCACAUUUCGAACAGAUUCUUUUCGUCGAGCGAACUUACUGUGAGCAUUUGAAAGAAUACAUCACGAAAUAUUCUCGACCGUUGCGACGCUAUCUGAGUCCUACCGAAAUCGUCGAUCUCUUUCAAAAUAUCGAAAAAAUUUUCAAUGUGUCAAAGUCCAUCGUUCGUCAGUGCGAAAAAUUACUUGACGAACAAGACAUUUCUCACACAUCAAUAGGAAAGAUUUAUCAAUCAUCGUUUGGCGUUAUGAUUGAUUCGUACAAUGUGUACAUAUCUAGAAGUACGAAAGCCCUUCGAAUGAUAAAGCAAUGCUGUGAUAAAAUCGCAUAUUUCCGUCAAAUUCCGACUGAUGUUGUUAUUCGAGAACUUACCAGCUUUGUCUACCUUCCACUUCGACAUAUCCGUGUCUUGAAUGAUUUGUUGCAAAACGCAAAUGCUGGGGAUAUACUCGAAGCUAUCAAUUUCUUAUCGAAUCAAGCCAGAUAUGUUCUCCAGUACUCAUUCCAUGGAGAGAACUCGAUAUUGGAUUCAACGUCACAAUCAGAAAUGUCACGCAUCAUGGUUUUUCAGCGUACAGAUACUGAACCAUGGGAAUCGAAGCAACUUGAAUUAUCUCAAUGGAAACUGUCUUUCACUCAAAUUGAUCAAUCAGUGCCGAUGAGCACAAGUGUCUCUUUAUCCAAUGUGAUUCACAUUGAACAAGACGCAUCGAACGAAGAAUUAUGCCUAUUGCUUGCAUCGAAUCUGAAAACGCCAACGCGAUAUUCGUCGUUGAAAAUCAAACGCAUCUAUGUACGCUUUGACAAUGGAAGUGACUAUCACAUUUGGUUGGAUUAUUUACGAAAUGCUGUUCAAGAUGCCAAGGAUCAAAAUCAUCAAACAAAAACCAAGAUGACAUCUGGUUAUUCAACACUUCAGUUAAAAGACGACGAUGUUCUUAAAAUCCUUGCUGCUCAACUUCAUGUUGGUUCGAAGGAUGUUAACUAUCAAAUGGAUACGUAUGUAUGGAAGAAAAAACCACGAAAUGAAGCUGCAUCCAUAAUCAAUGUCCGCAAAUUUUGGGAAAAACUCGUGCUUGCUGCUCGAGCUAUUGUUGCUGUGGAAAAUCCAGCUGAUGUUUGUGCCAUCUCAUGUCAACCACAAGGUCAACGUGCCGUUUUGAAAUUCGCAAAAUACACAGGUGCUACCGCUAUUGCUGGUCGUUUCACACCUGGUUCAUUUACCAAUCAAAUUCAAGCUGCAUUCAAAGAACCACGUCUUAUCAUCAUAACCAAUCCAAACGUUGAUCAUCAAGCUGUUAGCGAAGCUUCAUUUGUCAAUAUUCCCGUUAUCGGCUUUUGUGAUCCAUCAACAUCACUUCGAUACAUCGAUAUUGCUAUUCCAGCUAACAAUAAGGCUAACAAAUCAAUCGGUCUUAUGUGGUGGUUUUUGACACGUGAAGUUCUCCGAUUACGUGGAAAAAUUAGUCGUCAAGCACCAUGGGAAGUUAUGGUCGACUUAUUCUUCUAUCGCGAUCCAGAAGAAACCGAGAAAGAAGAUCAAACAGCUGUCACUGGUCAAGUUCGUGACGGUCAACAAAAUGCUGAUCAAGGCUAUUACGAUGAGGGCCCAUCAAUGAUGCCUUCGUCUGAAAACUACGCAGGUCAUCAAGAAAACUGGGGUGCAUCUGCCACCGAAGAAUGGGGAACCGGCGCUCCCGCAGCUGGUGGCGAAAGCAGCUGGAAUCCAUCAUCUGCACAUGAUAAAGCCUGA